AUGGUGACGAACCCCAUGGAUUACGUGGAACAGAUGGGUAAAGCUGGGGCGUCUGGUUUCACAUUCCACGUUGAGGUGGCCAAAGAGAAUUGGCAAGAGCUCGUGAGUAAGAUUAAGUCUGCUGGGAUGAGGCCAGGUGUGGCUCUAAAGCCUGGAACACCUGUUGAAGAUAUCUAUCCUCUGGUAUUGAAUCUUCUUGCCUGUUUACAGAGCGUGAUCAAUCCACUUAUGUCAUUGCUUGACACGUACUUUGAGCAGGUUGAAGGGGCAACUCCGGUGGAAAUGGUGCUAGUGAUGACAGUGGAGCCUGGAUUUGGAGGCCAGAAAUUCAUGCCAAGCAUGAUGGAUAAGGUCAGGGCAUUGAGGAAGAAGUACCCAACACUUGAUAUUGAGGUGGACGGAGGCUUAGGCCCUUCGACCAUAGAAGCAGCGGCUGCAGCAGGGGCCAACUGUAUUGUUGCGGGAAGUUCAGUGUUUGGAGCUCCGGAGCCAGGGGAAGUCAUAUCUCUUCUGCGGACCAGUGUUGAGAAAGCCCGAACCACCACCUGA